CUUCAACCUUGAAAGAGAACCUAUUCUGUAUUCAGUCCCAUUCCGGCAACAAAUACAGAUUUUAUCUACUAUAAUCUAGAUCUACAAUUAUAUAAUAUAGAUCUACUAUGUAGACUAUAGUGUCUAUAGUCUACUAACUUAUAGAUCUACUAUUUAUAGCUAUAGAUCUAGAUUAACUAGUAAUCUAGACAAUUUCAAGUAGAUUGUACUGUAGAUCAUCAUGAUGAUGAUUAUAAUCUAGUCAGUGUCACCGUAUGAUACUGAUAGUGAUAGUGACAUAGAUUGAUAGAUCUAUUAAAUUCUACUACAGUACUAGAUUCUUUCUAGUUACUAGUCUUAGUCAUUGUCGUCAUAGACAUAGAUCUGGUCGAUAAUCAUAAUGAUAAUUACUCUAGAGUCUAGUAUUAUAGUGACAAUAUACUAAUAUAGUCAAUAUAGAAAUCUAUUAGAUUUGAUAGAUCUAUAGAGUAUAACUUAUACUUAUAAGUCAAAAAUAAGUAUUAUAUAUAUUAUUAUAUAUAGUCUUAUAGAUCUAGGAGUAGGAAUAGACUGAGGAACUAAACUGUCUUAGUCAUAGUGAUACUGUCUAAACAUGACAUAUUCCAUGACAAUGAAAAUGAAACCUUUUUUGCCUUUUGUUAUUAGUAGAGCUACUAAUAUUACGUUAAUGCGAAACAUCAUGUUUAAAAACUGGGACCCUCUGCUCUACUCAAGAAAACAUUAAGAAACUGGAAGAAAUGCCAUUUAAGUCAUUGUCACGAGUUGAGUCUGACCUAUUUCGACCAGUUUCUAGAAGCGAGUUCAAACCAGUGCAAGUGUCCAGCGUAAACAAGUUAAUUUUAGAUAUCCAAUCAAAGAAAAGGGUUAAGGGAAAAAAUAGCACACGUCAGCUUCUAGAAGGUCAAAGUUACUAAAAUUAUUAUCGGAGAAGGUUCCAAGAUUCUGGAAUGUACGAUUAAGAAAGCCACACAUUCCUAUUGUAUUUCGAACACUUCAUCAAAGUGAUGUAUUACAAAAUGCUACUAUUGCAGAACCGAUUUCCAGACCUGCUGGUAAGCAUACUGUAACUUUGGUACCUGGGGAUGGUGUAGGUCCUGAACUUAUGGGUGGUGUUCGAGAGGUUUUUAAAGCUGCUGGAGUCCCAGUUGAAUUUGAAGAGGUCUUUAUCAGUGAAAUUUCUCCAAAUAUUAGUGCCAGCUUAAAUACAGUUCUUGACUCUUUUCGACGCAAUAAAGUUGGUUUGAAGGGCAUAAUAAAAACUCCAACUACAUUUAAAGGAGGUGCUUUACAAACUCUGAACAUGAGAAUAAGAAGAGAACUUGACCUUUUUGCAAAUGUUGUUUUGGUCAGGAGUAUACCAGGCUUUCAAACAAGACAUAACAAUUUAGAUUUUAUCAUCAUUCGUGAACAGACUGAGGGAGAAUAUAGUGCUCUGGAACAUGAGUCAGUGAAAGGUGUCAUUGAAAGUUUAAAAAUAGUGACAAGAAAAAACUCCAUGCGUAUUGCCAAAUUUGCUUUUGAUUAUGCCAUGAGACAUGGACGUAAUAAAGUUACUGCAGUCCAUAAAGCAAAUAUCAUGAAACUUGGUGAUGGCUUGUUUAUACAAUGUUGUGAAGAAGUGGCUAAAAUGUAUCCGAAAAUAAAAUUUGAAACAAUGAUAAUUGACAAUUGUUGCAUGCAGAUGGUUUCAAAUCCAUACCAGUUUGAUGUUAUGGUAAUGCCUAAUCUGUAUGGGGAUAUUGUUGAUAAUCUUGCUGCAGGUCUUGUAGGAGGUGCUGGUGUUGUCCCUGGAGAAUGCUACAGCACUAGCGUCGCAGUAUUUGAACAAGGGGCUCGCCAUUCAUAUGCUGAAGCUGUUGGAAAAAACAUAGCUAAUCCUACUGCCACAUUGUUAGCAUCUUGUAAUAUGCUGAAACAUUUACAUCUAGAGUAUCACUCAAAACUCAUUGAAGAUACUGUUCUUAAAGUUAUCAAGGGUGGAAAGAUAACAACACAAGACAUGGGUGGUUACUCCAGCACAACAGAUUUUAUUAAUGCUGUUGUACAUAGUUUACCAUAGACAUAUAUUUCUUUGUGAGCAGUGAUUAGUAUUUAUAUAACUUUAAAACAUGUUUUCAAAUUCAUUUUUUUUUUCAUGAAAUAAAAAUAGAUAAUAAAAUGUU